GCCGAGGCCAAGGCCGGCGCGCCGGGCUCUGAGCCGCUGCCGCCUGCGGCCGCAGCUGCCUGGGCUGGCCCCGCGGCUGGCUGGAGGUCUGCAGUGAGGCAGCGUCAGGGUGUCCUACUCAGGGGAAGCGUUUUGAGCCCGCUUCUCUCCGCCAGGCUUCCCGGCGCCACCAGCUCAAUGACACCCAGAAAGAAGUUACAGGGUCUUGUAGCUGCUACAGUCACUCCUAUGACUCCCGAUGGACAAAUCAACCUUUCAGUGAUCGGUCAAUACGUGGAUUAUCUGGUAAGCCAGCAGAACAUCAAGAGCAUCUUUGUGAAUGGCACAACAGGAGAAGGACUGUCCCUUAGCACCCAGGAGAGGAAGCAGCUGGCCGAAGAAUGGGUGUGCCAAGGAAAAGAGAAAUUGGAUAAUGUCAUCAUUCAUGUGGGAGCACUGAGUCUGCCAGAGUCCCAGGAGCUGGCAAGACAUGCAGCAGCCGUAGGUGCUAGUGCUAUUGCUGUCAUAGCCCCCUUCUUCUUCAAACCCACAAACAAAGAUGAGCUUGUUGCUUUCUUACAGAAGGUUGCAUCUGAGGCCCCUGAAGUUCCAUUUUAUUACUAUCACAUUCCUCCUCUGACAGGUGUGAAGAUUCGUGUUGAAGAGUUGCUGGAUGGAAUAAAAGAGCGGAUUCCCACCUUCCAGGGCGUGAAGUUCAGCGACACAGACCUCUUGGACCUUGCACAGUGCAUAAACAAGAAUGAGGGAGAACAAUUUGAAUUUCUCUAUGGGGUGGAUGAGCAGCUGCUGGGUGCACUGGCAAUAGGGGCAAAUGGAGCAGUUGGAAGUACAUACAACUACUUGGGCCAAAAAAACAAUCUGAUGUUGCAAGCCUUUGCAAAGCCAGACCUUGCGUUAGCACGCAGGUAUCAGUUUCUUACAGGAGAGUUUCUCAACUUUGUCAUCAAGCUAGGUUUUGGUGUUGCCCAAACUAAAGCUGUCAUGACUUUUGUUUCUGGCAUUCCCAUGGGACCUCCACGGCCUCCCCUCGUUGGUGCCUCUGAUGAGUUCAUCGUCAAGGCAAAAGCCAAGCUGGAUAGCAUUGUGUGGCCUGAUGGCAACUAAUGUUUGCUUCCAUGUCAAUCUGGAAGUGAAGGUUCCUUUUCUGGGAUUCUCUGCCACAUGGCACACUGCCCCCACGAUGGGCUAUGAUUUCUUUCAGGGAAUUGGCAAUGCGCCCCAGCCCCUUCCUGCUAGGGCUGGCUUUGUUGUGCACAUGCAGCCCUUUUCAGCAUAACUUCACUCUGCUCCCCUGGAGCUCUGCACUUUCUAGGACUAGCUGGUAUCUUUUAAUGAAAAAAAGCAAGUUUUCCUCAGUUAGAGGAUUCUCACUCCUUUUGUCUAGACAGGAGGAAGAUCUGUCUCCAUCCUCCCCCCAGCUAAAUGAUGUCCUUUUCCUUCAUGAGCACUGCACUGUGUGUUUAAACAGUGGUAUGACACUGGUUGCACGCACCAAUCUCUUAAUGGCAGAGUCUCUGGGACAGUGAAUAUGUGAAAUUCUCUUUUGUCUUAUCUCACUGCUUUUAUAUAUCUUUACUGAAUGCAAAUUAAAGAAAAAAAAGGCAACACUUUUUGCAACAGAAACCUUUCAUCUCUCUGAUGAGCAGAUAAUUGUCCAUCUUUUUCCUUGCGGUGGAAGUGAAGCCGUAACUGAGCUGUGCAUCUCUCCACUGCAAUGCAGAAUGAUGUCUUCCACGUUAGAACGUGACCUACUGUGAGAUUAAAACAUGCUCGUUUGCACUCAGGGCUUCUCUCUCCACCAGCUUGAGCUCUUACUGUCUGAGAGAAUGUGUAGCUGACAAGUGUGGGGUCCCUUGCCCUCCACUCCUCGCCCCGUAUCUCCUGAAUGAUUGCAGGGGAUGAUUGGAAUAGGGGAAGAGAAGGUGGUAAAGGUGUGUCACUAACUUUCUGUAACACAAAAGCAUGACAAAAUGUACUGGCUUCCCCUUGCUGUGUAACCACUGAAGACAAAACACAAUAAUAAAGGCUUCCUUACCUUC